AAAACUAACCCAGGAAGUCAGCUGUCAAGAACAAAACAAAAUAAAAUAAACAGGCAUCCAGCGUUGGAGCUGAUACCACUCUUAGUUGACAGGAGGUUCCAGUCAUUCACAUUUCUUAGAAAGAAGCUGUUUGCCAACGUCUGGUCUGCAAUACGCUCCUAGUACAGUCUGUGGUGGCCUCUGGUGCUUGUGUCACCCUUGCAGAGAACCCUUACUUUGUCCUGAAAUGACGAGACGUUCCUGCUGCCAUGGCAACAGAAGGAGAGAAAAAUGAUUCUCUGAGUGCGGAAACAACUUCUGAAACUAAAAGUAGUGAACUGAAUGAUCCUCUUCAAGAUUAUGGUUCCAGUUCAGAUCCGCCAAAAAGGGUUAUGGGGUGGGAGGUGUGUGAUGUUAUCAGGUGGCUGGAGAACAAGAACCUCCACAAGUUCAUCUUCCUCUUCCAGAAACACAAGGUCACUGGAAAAGAGUUGAUUGAUUUAAACCUGCCUUUUCUAGAGAGUUAUGAUCACAUAACUCUGGAUGAUCGCGAAAUUCUCCUGUCAGAAAUCUACCUUCUUUUGAAUCCCUCAACAAUCCACGCAAGUGAAGAGGAUUUGACCCGAUUAAAAUCGCCUGUAGAAAAACGUAAAUUCUACGCUGCAAUGGAAGUUGCUCAAGUAAAGAGUGCAACGCUACCAAGGUCGGCCUCAAACUUUGUAUACCCGUCCCAUCAGGUGCGAACCAUCUGUUCGCUCUCACGAUCUCCGGCGAUGGUCAAACCACGUCACAAGUCAGAAUCAGGUGUAGGACGCGUGAAGCCAGAUAAGUUGUUCGAUGCUCAGCUUUAUUCCAAGAUGAAGCAGGGCAAGCUAGUGCCAAAGACAAAUACAUCCAAACCCAAAACCGUAUAUGAUUGUGUAGAUACAUUUGGAAGCCAUUGUGUGCAGUGUUUAACCUUGACCCCAGAACAGCGUGACCUUAUAACCAUGGUGACGGGAUCAGAAGGUCAUGUGACCAUUUCUGGGAUACCUGCUGGUCUUACAGAAAGGCUUCAUGUUGGAGACAGGGUGUUGGAGAUAAAUGGUCAGCUGGUUAGCCCGCAUGUGACAGACGGCAAUGAAGGCCACCUGACAACCUUGUUGAACAUGCGCACACCCACAUCUAUUGUAAUUCUCUCACAACAUAUUGAUGAGAAUGCAAACAACUGCUCGGAAGAGAAAUGGAGAAAGCUUCAUACAAUCCUGGUCGACUUGCGAGACAGUGAGUCAUUUCCGCCGAUGGAAACCUCACCAUCUAUCUUAAACGAACCUGAGCUGUCUGCUGAAUCAGCAGAGAAAAAAAUGCUGAUGAAAAACACACAAGUUUUGCAGAAGGAGGUUCAGCGCCUUGAAGAGAGGGUUGCAGAAUUGCAGAGAGAAAACGAGGCGCUGUAUGUCGAAUCUGAGGACAGGGAUGCUAUAAUGCAUGACUUAGAGAUGGCCCGGGAUAAAGCCAUCGAAAAAAUGCGAGAAUCUAGAACAAAUGGCAGCAAAAAAAGUCAUAUGGAGACCACAGGAGGGUUGGAAUACUACAACAUGACACUCAGCUCCCUCAACCUGGAGGAGAAAUCAAGGGAGGAUGCCGUGAACUCUUUAAAAGAAAUUGUGAUGGAAGCCAGCAAACAGAAGUGGUAUCUUGACAGGCUUAUCUCCCUUGUGAUAGAAGAAUCUCCAUGGUUACUGGAUGAGGUAGAUUCAGAACUGGACAGCCUCACUUUGACUAGCCAGUCAGAGGAGUUCUGUUAAAUCAGCUGACAUGCACGAAUCAACGAAUCAGAAAAAUGAUGAAGUUUGAGCUGCAUUGUGCAAUUUUUGGGUCUUUGUACAUAUUUAUUAAAUGAAAUAAUUAUUUUAAUAUAAAAUACAAAAAAAAGAACUUUCAAAUGUGUUUAAACUCUUCCAAACAUCUUUCUUUCAAAGGAUUGUCUUAGGCGUAUCAUUUUUCUUGACGUUUUAUGACACAUACGGUAGUUUACUUAUUUUUCAAAUCAACACCAGAUUUCGUUCCAACUUUUUUAGACUGCAUUGAUAGUGUCUGUUUAAACCAAAUUUCCUGAAAGCAUGUUUCAUUAUGAUUUAGAAUCAGAAUUUCUAUUUUUAGAAUCAGAAUUUCUAUUUUUAGAAUCAGAAUUUCUAUUUAAGGAUAACAACUAAAAUGAUAAGCUUGUUGGAAUAUUGAUACGUACAUGAUUCAUGUCAAUUCAUUAACGUAAUUGCACUAUGGCAAAAUGUGCAUGACUUGUUAACAGGUAUCAUACACAAUUUGAGAGAUAUCAACAUGAACUUUCAAAUAUUACUUCCUGAAAUGUAAUUUGAUCGAAACACCAAAUAAAAUAAUUAUAAAAGUUUAUGUCCAAAGGCUCAAAAUUUCGCAAUGCUUCAGUCUGAAAUGUCUGGACAAUUACUGACCAGUGUAUUUCAAACUAAAAUGUCCAUAUAAGUGUAUUAAUACUGACCAACGUUUUUCAAAUUCAAAUGUAGUGGUUUCAGAAGGGAAAGUUUUUUUGAAUUUGCUGACAUACAGUAACUAAUCAGAUAGAUGAUGACAUUUGAUUGGUUAACUUUUUAAUCUGACACUUAGUGUAUAAGCAUCUGGACAAACCAAUUAGAGGAGUUCUUUUCAAUCAGCUGACUAACCAGAUGAAAAAUCAACAUUCGAUUGGUGUAAUUCAAAAUGAUUUAGUGCAGCUCAAAAUAUUGUGUGUGUGUUUUCCGCAAAAAGCAAUCUUAUAAAGAGUGCUAUAUAAUCAUUUACCAUUGAGAAAAAAAAUAUGUUCAGUAUUAGAUGUGAGUGAAGUUAAUUGUUCUUUCAAAUUUUGUGUAAAAGAUAUGAUGCCAAUUCAAGUUAGUGUGAUUAGUAAAAAAAAUUAGUAAAAAAGUUGCCAUGCAUUGAAACAAUGUAUUUAUUUUCUUAGCAUUUUGUUAUCUAGUCAUCCUUUGAUAAAGAAAUGGUUAUUUAGGGAUCAAGUAUGUUUGCCAUAUGUAUAAAAAUGGUUAUGUAGGUAUCUAGUAUAUUUGCCAUAUGUAGAUAAUAUCAUUUUAUGUUAAUCACUAUUAUUUUAUAUAUUAUUAUUUAUUAUUAUUUUAGACAGGGCUUUCAGCGACCUGUGUUGUUAUUUUCUGUGUUGUUUAUUGGUAAAUCACUAAAUCAUAUUUGUGUGGUUAUUUAUUUACUCACUUAAAUUAAUUUAUUUCAUUGAUUUAGUAACCUUUUAAACUUAAAAAAAUAUUUUGUUAAUAGUGAAGAAUUUGGAGACAUAUAUAUUUCAAUUCUAUUUUUUCAACAAAAGAAAUUAAGCCACAAUUUGGUGCUGAAUAUUUUUAGACUUUUUACUAUUCUUUAUUUUUUUGUUAUAAAUACUUCCAUGACUAUGGAUCGUGUUCAAAUUAUUGUUUUCUUAAAUAGGUGCAGGGUAUAAUACAGUCAUGACAGAUGGAAUUUUGUUAUUAAAAAUAAAUACAUAUAUAUUUAAAAGUAUAUAUAUCUUUAUAGUUUGUUUGUAGAAUAAUAGAUUAUUACAUCAUUUUAUUUUUUUAUUAUUUAUAAUAUACCAACAAAAGGUACCAUCUCAAUAAACAUUACUUGUAGAUUGUUGAUAUUUGCACAACAGUUUCAUGAUUAUACUCGGUUAAAUCAGGUUGCGAAUUUAAAACCUUUUGAAAGAUUCAACUUAUGUUAGCUGUCCAAUGAUUAAUGGUGCACCAAUUUUAAACCUCGCAACAUUGAGAAAAAGAAAAAAAAGACCACGUAAAAGUAUCUUAAAAAUCUACUUUUGUUAUGAUUUCAAGAAUUUCUUUUAGUCUUCAAACCUUAAUAAUUGCAUCAUUAACAUUUUCAGGUCCAUGUCUGACAUGAAAAAAUUAACAUUUCAUAUAAUAUUCCAUUUCCCUUGAUUCUUUAUUAUCAUUUUCAGCUUCUUAUUACUUUUAUUUUGGCUCAAUUUUUAGUUGUUUUUUUACAUUUGUUUCAUAGUUAUACAAAUAAUAUGCAUGUGCAUGUUUUUAAUGGUUGAAGAAAACUUUAUAUUUUCUCUUAUUUAGGACCAUUUGUGUUGCCAUAUCUGGUAUACAAUUUGUGUUCAAAUUCUAUUUUAUGUAGUUGUUUAUGUUAAGAUCUGUAAGUAUUAUAUUUGCAAUAAAUUACAAUCACAUUAUUACAUAGCUUAAUAUAUGUUAUAUAUGAUAUUAAAUAUUAAAUG